AGUCGGUGGCGAGACUUUGCCCGCGUAUAUUCAACAACCCUUUAAAUUCAAAUAUUAUAUAAUUAUUAAAUAUAAUUAAAUUAUACACUUUGCAUAUAUCAAACUACAUCAUCAAAAAUAUUUUAAAAGUUUUCCCUUAUUUUCCAACAAUAUAAAUUAAAUUUCAAAAUUAAAAAAAAAAAAAAUUAAUCAAAAUUUAUAAUUAAAAAAAAAAAUAAAAAAAAAAAACAUUUUUAAAAUGACAAAAAUGUUAUUUAAAAAAGUAUAAAUGUGCUUUAAAAAAUUUGUGUUUAGUUAUAACUUUCAAUGAAUUGGAUUUACUUAUUUUUAAAUAAUUAAUAAAAAAAAAAAAUUGUACAAUUUUUUAUUCCAUUAGCAUUUGAUGCUAAUUAAGAAUCAAAAAUGUUCCAGAUUAUAUUGCUCAUUCAAGUGGCGCUAGUCUUCACUGUUUGUAAUGGCAUACAAAAUUUUGAAGAGACUCCACAAUAUACUGAAGUUAAUCCAGGACAAGAUGCUAAGUUAGUUUGUCGUGUUCUUGGCAAACGUGGCGUUUGUAUUUGGCAAAAAGAUCAAAAGCCAAUUGGAAUGCAUUUACAAAAAUACGAAUGGGUUGGAUCACCGGAUAUGGGUGAUUGUUCAUUGUGGGUAAGAUCAGCAACACUUGAAUUUGAUGAUGGUCUUUGGCAGUGUCAAGUAACAGCCAGUGAUUUUACGACUCAAGAUGCACUUGCAUCUGAACCAGCAAGGCUAGUUGUUCGAGUCAGUCCAAAAAGACCACAAAUUGAAUAUGCCGGUGCUGUGAUACUUCCUGGUGGUAAUGUAACAGCAAGAUCAGGUGAAAUUGCAACAUUGACUUGCAUUGCUAGAUACGGAAAUCCACCACCUUUAAUUAAAUGGUAUCUGAGAGACGUCGAAUUGAGAACAACAAGACCACAGGUUAAUGCAACUGAGAUUGAUAAUCCAAGAACUUGGUCAACCAAAAGUAUUUGUGAUAUUGAAGCUGAUCGUUCAAGAUACGGUCAUUCGAUAAGAUGUGAAGCAAUACAUCCUGCAUACUCAACUCAAUCCUCAAUCAUUGAGGUCAGGUUCGACGUGAGAUAUGCACCAGAAACACGUCUUGUUGGUGUGCCAAUUGGACAACUUGAAGAAGGACGUGAUAAAUUAGAAAUACGUUGUUUAUCAAAUGCAAAUCCAACAGCAUCAAUAUUAUGGAAACGUACAAAAGGAAUUGAUAUGGAAGUUGUUAGUAUUGGUGAAACAUUAAUGUAUUCACCAAUUCAUCGUAAUCAUGCAGCAACAUAUGUCUGUGAAGCAUCAAAUACUGAGGGUGAAAGUAGUCCAGUAUCAAUUCAAAUAUCAGUCAAUUAUCCACCAAAAAUUGAUUCUGUUGGACCAGAUAGAUUAUCAACAGCUUUACUUUAUUCUGGUGCAUCAUUUGAGUGUCAUGCUGAUGCAAUGCCACCAUCUGAUUACAGAUGGGAACAAGUAUUUACUGAUGGCCGUAUGCCAGCUCAAUGCGGUCGAGGUCAACGUCUUAUUCUUACAAAUGUAACUUAUGAGCAACAGGGACAAUAUAUAUGCAUUGCAUCAAAUAGUAUUAAUGGAAAAGUUCGUGAGGUUAAAAGCACACCAGUAUCACUUGAAGUUGUUGGUGCACCAAGGGUAGUGAAGCCCCGAAUUAAUGAAAAAUAUAUUGUAACAACAAUUGAAGGUAAUCCAGCAAGAUUAGAAAUACGAUUGUGCUCAAAUCCAAAACCAAGAUUAGUUGCAUGGGAAUGGGGAAGUACACGUCUUCAUGCUGGUGAAGUUUUGGAAUCAAGAUAUCGUGCACUUGAUUUAGAACCACUUGUAUCAGAAGAUUGUUUUGCAGCAAUAUUAGAAUUAACAACAACAGUUAAACAAGAUCAAAGAUUAUACUAUGUAAUUGUAGAAAAUGACAGAGGAAGUGAUAGACGUGCAUUAAUGUUACGAGUUGAUGAACCAGGACAAAUACCAUUGGUGAUUGGUGCUGUUGCUGGUUUUACUGUUCUUUCAGUAUUAAUUAUGGCAUUUAUUUGUUUUUUACGAUCAGACAAAUGUUGUGUACCAAGAAAUACUGGACCAACACUACAACAAGUACACUGUACAAAAGCAUCAAAUGCAAUGAUUGAAGAUCCAAGACUGACAAUGGACACAAUGGAACGUGUUGAACAACAAUAUGUUUCUGAAAAACGCCAAAAUCAUAUAUUAAAACCCGUCCCAACACAACAAUAUCAACAAGACUGUUAUCAAUUAAAUAGACAUGAACCAACACAUGAAUCUCAUUAUCAGAGGCAUCAUCAUCAAGGUUUACAUGGACCUCAGUAUACACUCCAGCGUGGUACCGGCAUCAAGACAGAACGACUUAAUGAAUCAAAUUCAAUCCGGAAUAUUUCGCGACCUCGUUACAGGACCUAGGACAAUGAUAUUGAGUCUAAAAUUGGACUCCAAAUGACUCAAUAUAAUAAAUAAUUAAUUUUUGUAAAAUUAUUCAAAUUUGCUUGUAAAGCACGUCAUAAUAUUUUUCAUUGAAUUAACAAUGAAAUCAUUCAUCAAAGAAAAAAUACAAAAUUUAAUAAAAAAAACUACAUCGAUUCUUUAUACAAAACUCUGAUAUAUUUUUGUUUGAAAUUUACUCAAAUAUAUUCAAGUUUUGCUGAGGAAAAUAAUCAAUAAUAAAUCAGAAAUUUUAAUCUAAAUUUUUUGUGUAUAAUAAAGUACCUGGCUACAGAAAAAA